CCCUCGGGUACGGCUCCGGUUUCCGGGGAGGAGACCGGAACAGCCGAAACGGAAGUAGCGUGCGGCAGGUGGGCGGGGUCGGCCGUAGUCAUGUCGGCCUCUCUGCUGCGGCGGGGCUUGGAGCUGCUGGCGGCGUCCGAGGCCCCCCGAGCCGCCGCCGGCCAGGCCCAGGCGAGCGGGGCCCCGGACAAGCGGGCCCGGAAGGCGAAGGCGACCCAGACGCAGAGGCUGCGGAACUCGGCCAAGGGGAAGGCGCCCAAGUCGGCUCUGGCCGAGUACCGGAAGCGAGAGUGUCGAGACCACCUCAAGGCAAACCUGAAGUUCAUGACCAGCGCCAGGAGCCCCGUGGCCGAGUCCAUGAGCCGGCAGAUCCUGCGGCAGAACCGGGGCCGCAAGGCCUGUGACCGGCCCGUGGCCAAGACCAAGAAGAAGAAGGAGGCGGAGGGCACGGUGUUCACGGAGGAGGACUUCCAGAGGUUCCAGCAGGAAUACUUCGGCAGCUAGGCUCCCUGCGACCCGGGGACUGCGGCUGGGCGUGCUGGGCACCGCUUGGCCAGGAGGUGGCGAUGGAGGACCAACCUGGCCCUGGGCAGCCCUGGGCCUGGAGCGCGGGGAGGGUGGCGUGGAGCUGGUGAGGUGGAAGCCCCGGGGGGUGUGCACGGCACUGGAGUGGACGCUCCCUCAGCGCCUGCUGCAAAGAUGGUUCUGUUGUGUUUGCGUUGGCCCGGAGGCCCUGGGCUGUUUGCUGUGGAGAGAGGCCACUUACUGUCAGCCACACCUCCCACAGCAGGAAGACGGUCUGGGUGGGCUUCCGGGUUUUGAUAAACGUGGGCCCAGGA